AUGCAAGCAAUCACUCAAUUAUCCAGAACAACGUUCGUUGGCAGUAUUUCACGUACCCGGCUAUUCACGACACUUUCUCCCAUAUAUGCCGUUGCUUCAGGAAAGAAGGGAAUUGCACAAUCAGCUAAGGCAUCGGCGUCCGCAAAGAAAACAAAACAAACGAAAGAGAAACCCCUUAGCUUGCUUCAACAAAAGAGAUUGGAAAAACCCAAACUUCCAGUUACUAGUUACGCCCUAUUUUUGAAAGACCGAUUUGCUGCUGCCAAGAGUAAUUCUAGUGAAAAGCUUGAUCUUGUUGGCCUCAGCAAAAAGUUCUCCGAGGAAUGGCGAUCAAUCGAUGAUGCUACCAAGAGUAAGUACAAAGCCCAGUAUGACGCCAAUUUAAAAGAGUAUGAAACAGCCAAAGAGGCAUUUUACAAAAAAUAUCCCAAAAGACCCGCUUCCAAGUAUGCCCAGUUUGUCAAAGAAGGCUUUGAAGAUGCUUAUCUACAGACAGGCAGUGCCACUGACGCAAUCAAAGAGCUCGCUCGCAGAUGGAAGAACUCUCGUUGA